UCAUGUUUUUGUAAAAAUUGACCAUUCAAUUUCGCCUUUAGCCAACCACCCUUUUUCGCAACACCUUCCUAUAACCAUCAAUUUUCGAGCAAUUCGAUGUCUGCACCUUCUGGAAGGCUUCAACCGCAGCGGUUUGCUGCAUUACCAAACCCGAUCACGGCUGAAAAUAAAUUUUGGCGAUCUUUCAAAGUUCCUGUCGUAGCAAAAGAAUACAGCUCCGUCAGCAGCAUUCAUUUCUCUGCUGAAUCACCGCAUGAUUUUGCAGUUACCAGCGGUACCCGCGUUCAAAUUUAUGGAGCAAGCUCUCGUUCUGUAAAGAAAACAAUUGCCCGUUUUAAAGACAUUGCAUAUUCUGGUAAUAUUCGAAAAGACGGAAAACUACUCAUUGCAGGUGAUGCCACUGGUCUUGUUCAGAUUUUCGACUUAUCGACUCGCAGUAUCUUGAGAAGUUUAAAUGUACAUCAAUAUCCUGUACAAGUUACCAAAUUCUGUCCUUAUUCAACAACCAGUUUCCUUUCAGGAUCUGAUGACAAGACCGUUAAAGUCUGGGAUUUAGCUACAGGUGAAGCUACCCAUGAUCUUCAAGGACAUGAGGAUUAUGUCCGGGCUGCAGAGUGGUUAAGUGCUACGAGACUAGUAAGUGCUGGUUAUGAUGGCACUGUGCGUUUGUGGGAUACACGAUUAGCACAACCUGAGGUAAUGUCGUUUGAUCAUGGAGACUCGGUGGAUGCUGUCUUGCCCCUGCAGUCAGGAAGUACUAUCAUUUCUGCUGGUGGCCCUUCUGUUAAGGUUUGGGACCUUGUAGCUGGUAAAUCAACAGCAGCUAAAACGUUGACCAACCAUCAAAAGAGUGUUACAUGUUUGAGUACAAAUUCAGACAAUACUCGUGUCUUGAGUGGUGGUUUAGAUGGCCAUGUCAAAAUUUACAAUGUGGCUGACUGGAAGGUUGUCCACGGUAUCAAGUAUUCUGCUCCUAUAUUGUCACUGGGUCUUUCCCCUGAUGAUCGAAAUCUCGUCGUUGGUAUGACCAAUGGAGCUUUGUCUCAAAGAACUAGGCGCGUGAGCAAGCAACCUAGUACGAAGACUCCUUUCCUGUUAGGUGUUGGUAGUGCCUUUGGUGUUGUUCAACGUAAAAAAGACGUGUACAAGGGUGAAAAUGAUGAAUUUUACGUGGAAGAAGUACGCCGUAAAAGACUCCGUCCUUUCGAUAAAGCUUUGAAAACCUUUAAUUAUGGAGAUGCUUUAGAUAUGUCUCUAGAAAACGGAUCCCCGAUUUUGGUGAUUACCAUGUUAAUUGAACUAUUGCAUGUUGGAGGUCUACGUUUAGCUAUAUCUAACCGUGACGAUCUUUCUCUGAGUCCGCUUUUAAAGUUUUUACGAAAAUAUAUUCAAGAUCCUCGCUUUACAGAUGUUCUGACUAUAGUCGCAAACACUGUCUUGGACAUAUAUGGAAUUGCUUUGGGCGGUAGUGUCAUGGUUGAGAGUGCCAUUUCAAAAUUCCGCGAAAAGGUUGAGCAGGAAGUAGUCAUUUCUCAAAAAGCCAAUGAAUUGGUUGGUAUGUUAAAUAUGCUUUCCGCAUGAAAUGACCGUCUGUGCUUUGGUUUUCUCAUAAAAAAACAAAACAGGGGAUAAGCCGUAUUACGAGAAGGCUUUUUAAAUAUUUUCGUAUGGUAUGGACGAGGCAAUUUUUCUUUUGCGGUAAAAUAGAUUUCCUUUAUUUUUGGGGGAUGGGUUAUAUAAACCGUGUUUCUGAUAUGAUUUACAAGUUGUUAAACAAAAAGUAAUAGGGUUCUUCGAUAAUAGAUAUGGGUUGGUGAUUAAUAAGUUUAAGUGAAUAUUUAUAAAAGGUACAACAUUUGAAUUAAAAAACAUCGAUUAAAGAAUUGUAAACACUAAUGCAAAG